AUGAAAUUCACUCCAUUGGAUGAGUUUAAUUCAUUCAGCAGAGCUUUGUUUUCGGAUGAACAACUUUGCUGGGAUCUAGAAGGAAAUACUUCUGUCAAACUUAUGAGCUUGAAUCCGAUGGAAGUUAAAUUAUUAAAACAUAUUAAAUUUGAUGGAAUGAAAAUUUUAACUAUUAAUAACAUUGAUGCAUCAUCAGAUCAUCCUGAUGGUGGGAUUGCUUUUAACGUGAAUAUAACAAAUACAUCUCAUAUCAGAGUAGAAUUAGGUGACAUACAGUUCGAUAUUAAAUAUAUGGAUCAAAUUAUUGGAAAAAUUUCUUCAAAAAGAUUCUCAAACGAUCGUAAUACACUUUCAUUCAGUGGAUGUUUACUUCAACCAGAUACUUUGGAGGGAUUAGAUGCAAUAACUGAUGUAUUUUCUAAAAUAUUAUCUAGGGAAGAAUUACAAUUUACCUUUGACACAAAAGAAUGUUUUGUUUCUUGGUUAGAUAUAACCUCAUUAAUUAUGAUCAUUACUAAAGAAACAAAGAUUAAUUUCGAUUAUGAACUUAUUAAAUGUGCAUGGGACUUUAAAUUUGAUCCGAAAGAUCAAUAUGCUCUGGAAGUAUCUUUACAUAGUGAAAUAAAAUAUUUUAAUUUAUUUCCACUGGGAAUUCAUAAAUUUUCUUGUGAAAACUCUUCAGGUAUUAUUGAGUCAAGCAUUAAAACAAAGCUUAGAUUAUUAGAAGAAUCUAAGGAUUUAUUUAGUGAAAUAGCAAAAAAAAUGUAUCAGGAUGAGGAAUUUAUUCUCAUUGGUGACAUCCAAGUUAAAAAAAUCGAAUUUAAUUUUGAUAAAAAUAUUAAGUGUCAUAUUCAACCAGGAAUUAUGAUCAAGUCUAUGAAAAUCAUUGAAGCAACGAAAGAUGUCCUCGAAUUUAAAGCAAUAGCUACUAUAACUAAUUUUUAUAACUUUUCAAAUAUUAAAAUUGACCUUGGUAUUAAUGUCGAAUUUGAUUUAAUAUCUGAACAAAAUAUUAAAAUUGCAAAAAUAACAAUAGAAGAUUUUGAAAUGAAGUCUGAAAAUAGAUAUACUACUGUUAGAUUAAAAUAUUUACCAAAUACAGAUAAUGGUCAUCUUAUAGGGAACUAUUUAAAUGGAAUAGAUAAAGUUAUUCUUCCGGGUUUAGAUGUUCCAUUUAUUGAUGAAGUGGAGGUCUCUUUUACUACUAAAGAUUCAUUUAUGCUUCAUAAUCCACUUCAAACUAGAUUACAUUUAUUUGGUUUUAAUGCUAAAGUAUUUAAUGCGGCUAAUGAACAGAUUGCAGCUGCGACAAAAAAACCUAGUGACUUUGGAAUAAUUGUUGAAGCAGGACAAACUGAAAAAAUUAAUAUAGAAAGUUCAAACAUGGACAUAAAAAAUCUUUUUAAAAAUAUUAAUGAUUGUGUUUAUGGUGUUAAAGAGAAUUUAGAAUGUGUUCUAAUGUUUGGUAUUGGUGAAAAUAAUCCUUAUCGAAUUGAUUUGAAUUAUGUACAAAAAGAUGUAAAAGUUAUUUGGAAUGUUGGUUUUGCUAAAUUUUUUAAAUUUUAG